UAGCAGAAAAGAUUACAUUCUGACCGCUCCCUAGGCGUAGAAUAGUACGUCAGUCGUCAAGUAUUUUUCAUGCCUGUUUGUACUACUUGCUUUAGUAGGGGGCCGCAAUAGUAAAAGCUGUUGGAAAGUGCAAUCGUACGGGAAACUGAUGGUGUAAAAAACUAUCUCACGUUCCGUUUAUGAGCAGUUUGCCGUGUUGGUGCAUUUGUAAAGUUUGUAGCCAUUUUCGGUGAAUUGAAUCAACAUCAGUAUUAUCAAGAGCAGCUCAUAAUGACAUUACGUUGUAAUACCUUAAGUGGCCAUUAGGGUAUCAUCGGUCCAGUUUAGACAUGAUAAGAAGACCACAGCAGACAUGGACGGCGUGAAGAAAAUACAUUCUGGAACACUGUAUCGCAACGGCCCCGUGGAGAACGCGUACGGCCCGCAGCACAGCCCGGUGUCGCGGUCGGACGCGUCCACCGAGGACGCGGAGCUGUCGGCGGCGCUCGCCCACCAGCACCACCUUGCUAUGCAGGUCAGUUACAUGGCUGGUGAGUACCCAGUAGUUGGCGCUGGAGUAGAACCCGACUAUGGACAGUACGUGUCGUCGCCCGCGGCGCACUAUAAUCACAUGGGACAUCUCACCAUGGCUCCCUCACAGAAGUAUCCCCAUGUGAUGGACUCAGUCUCAGUUAGUGGCGGAGGCAGCUAUGCAGGCGCCGGUGGUGCCGGCCACUACGGCACCUACGGCCACUACGGCACCGCAGCCUACCAACCACAGACAGCAUACAUGGUGGAGACCACGCAAGUCCCCCAGUAUAUGGGACAGGAAUACGUGGAAGGAGGUGGUAGCGCUUCGCCCCGGAGCGCGUCACCGGGUGCUCUGCCACAACACAAUCUACAUUUACAACAAAGGUAUGACUCAGCAUCCCUAGAACAGUUGGGUCGACACUACUGCGUGACGUCGCCGCGCGGGGAGUACGCGCCCGACGCGUACGGAUACCAGCACUACCCCACAGCGUACGAACCGCCGCACCAACCUCCGCCCUUCAAGGAUUCACAGAAUGGUCUAAGCCUGGGCAGCGCCGGGGGACAGUCGAUGUACGGAGACGAUGAGGAGUUACAGAAACAGAUGGCAAAUAUGGCGCUAGUACACGGCAGCGUGGGUGGUCGCGAGGAGACUGGAGGUCUCCAAUGGAGGGACCCCAACCUGCCCGAAGUGAUCGGUUUCCUCAACUCCCCCUCCGACGUGGUGAAGGCCAACGCGGCCGCCUAUCUACAGCACCUCACUUAUAUGGACGACCCUAAUAAACAGAAGACUAGGAGUUUAGGCGGUAUCCCCCCACUGGUGCGCCUAGUAUCGCACGAGAACCCGGAGGUAUGUCGCAACGCAUGCGGCGCGCUCCGCAACUUGUCGUACGGGCGACAGAACGACGAGAACAAGCGAGCCAUACGGGACGCCGGCGGCAUCCCCGCACUCAUGGCGCUACUGUGCCGGGCCACCGAUAUGGAGGUAAAAGAACUAGUAACGGGCGUGAUCUGGAACAUGUCAUCGUGUGAGGAUCUGAAGCAGUCCAUCAUAGAUGACGCGGCCCAGGUCAUCGUCAACAAGGUCAUCAUACCGCACUCCGGGUGGCAUCCCACCAACCCUGGAGACACCUACUGGUCUACUGUAUUCCGCAACGCGUCGGGCGUGCUGCGCAACGCGUCGUCCGCGGGCGAGUACGCGCGGCGCCGCCUGCGCGGGCUGGCCGGGCUGGCCGAGGCGCUGCUGCAUGCAGUUAGAGCCGCGCUGCAGGCCAACGCCAUCGGCACCAAGAUCGUCGAGAACUGCGUCUGUGUACUCAGGAACUUGUCCUACCGAUGUCAAGAAAUCGAAGACCCGUUGUACGACACGAGAGCGCCGCCCACACAGUCAUCCGGGCAGGCCAGGAUACAAGCUAGCGCGUCUAAAGGCGAAAACCUUGGCUGUUUCGGCGGCAGUAAAAAGAAGAAGGAAGGGUCAUCGUCCUCGAACUCUACCAGUCCCUUAGGCAAGAGCGAGCCGGACAGUCAGCCACUCGGGGACACUGGCACUACACAGCUUGGGUACUCCGUACCUAAGGGGACGGAGAUGCUGUGGUCGCCUGAGGUGGUCCCUCUAUACAUGGCGUUGCUACAAACCUGUUCCAACCCCGAGACCCUGGAGGCGGCGGCGGGCGCGCUACAGAACCUGGCCGCCUGCUACUGGCAGCCCUCCAUCGACAUACGGGCCGCUGUCAGGAAAGAAAAAGGUCUACCAAUACUAGUUGAGCUCUUGCGCAUGGAGGUGGACCGUGUGGUCUGUGCUGUGGCCACGGCUCUAAGGAAUCUGGCCAUUGACCAGAGGAAUAAGGAGCUGAUCGGGAAGUAUGCCAUGAGGGACCUGGUGCAGAAGUUGCCUAGUGGGAACCAUCAGCAUGAUCAGGGCACAUCAGACGACACGAUAGCCGCGGUCCUGGCGACUCUGAACGAGGUGAUAAAGAAGAGUGGAGAGUUCUCUCGCUCCCUGCUGGAGGCGGGCGGAGUCGAGCGAUUGCUUAACCUCACCAAGCAACGCCAUCGACAUACUCCCAGGGUGCUCAAGUUUGCAGGCCAGGUCCUGAUGACGAUGUGGUCCCACGCGGAGCUGCGCGAGGUGUACCGCAAGCACGGGUGGCGCGAGGCGGACUUCCUCACGCCCGCGCGGGCCGCGCAGCCGCGCGCGCCCUCCACCGCCAGCGGUCAGGGCACGCCGUCGUCGGGCGCGGGCGCUCCGCACUCGCCCAGCAACGCCAACAGCACGCUCAGCCGGCCCAUGGCUUCCACCGGCGGCACGCGGUACGAGGACCGGACCAUCCGCAGGCAUCGGGAGAACGAUGACAUACCAGCGAUGGAAGUGAACAACUACCAUGACGGGCUAGGCAUGGGCAACCCGAACGGCCGGCCGAUGAACUUGCAAGGUGUACAAGCCCAAAUGCCCAUGCCGCCUAGCAGUCGUUAGCGCGCCGCCGCGUGCGCAGGUGAUCUUGACGAAUGACAGUAAGAAAAUACCGAUUAAAGUGCUAUAGAUACGGUUUUUUGUGAUUUAUUUACGAAAAGUUGAACAUUUUAGACGUUUUAUUACUCUCUAUGAAUAGUUUCUUUUUCUUUUGGUCAGAUUAAUCUCCGUGACUUGUUAAGAUAAGAUAUAGCAUUUAAAUCGGUAUUUACUUUACGUCAAAAUCGCCAAGUAAAACCCGUAAGCAUGAUCACAGAAAUCGAGAGUCGUGUUCUAUGCUGCGUUCACACGUCCCUGACAAAAGGAUAUUUAGAGAAUAUCCUAAAUUAUGUGCAACUUGUACUAAAAACGAGUGUAAACGCAGCAUAGAAUAUUAACAUACAUGAUUAAUUUGUAUAUCUUGUCUGUCAAAUGUGCUUAGGGUGAUUGGCUUCGUGAGAAUUUUCAUAUGGCAAUACUUUGGCAGUCUAUUUAUUAAUGCUGGCAACUUUUGUAAGGUUGUGUAACUUUUUGUAUUUAAGGUUUAUAAUGUGGACAGUAUUAUCGUUGUUGUGACAGUAAAAAAAUAAUAUUUUAUAUCUUUUUUUUUGGUUUUUGAAUUUCUCACGAAGUCAAUGAAGUACUGAAGUUAUUUAUUAUUGUAUGCGAGGUAACAUGCACAAGUGUUUAUGUUAAAUUAAUCAUUAAAUUGUAGUAUUCGCGUUGAAUGUGGUAUACGCUGUUUCAACGUAUCGUUAUGUACAGUCAUCGACAAUGUUGAUUUAUCACAAAUUGAUUUUCAGUUUUUUCAUAAUUUUCCAUAAUGCAUUUCAUUUACAAAUAUAACAAGCAAUAACUUACCUUACUCAGAGUCAUUUAAUGGUUACUUAACCCAGUCCUUAGGUUGAUAAGGCUGAAAGCAAUCGUGCUUUCGAUACUAAAGGAAUAGUUUAAGUAAUCAAUAAAUGUUUCUGAGCGCAGCUUGCAGAAUAUUAACUUAAUAAAUUCUGAAACAGCAUAUUUUUAUUAUUAUUAUAAACCCUUUUAUAGAAGGUCCAUAGAUGAACAGGCCGUUGAUGAUGUUUUUUUAAAUAAUUUUUAAUCAAUAUUGUGAUUGACUGUACAUGUAAAAAAAAUAUUAGCCUUGAGGCCUAAAUUAACUCAUCGCAUUCGGAUGUACGUUUUAUACAAAAUAUACUAUUUGCCAUUUUGAUUUAUAAAAAGGUAUCAUGUCAAUUCCCUAUGUAAAUAGUUGUGCCAUUUCUGUAUUUAUAUUAUAAAUGAAUUAAAAUAUAAAACUUAAAGCGAGUUUCGUGUAGGUGUGUUGUGUAAUUUCUAUUUAAAAUGUUGAGGCUCACGAUCAUUUAUUAAUUAUACUCGAUUCGUUUUGUUGGACAAUCUCGACUAAUCUAGUAUUUAAAGAUUUAUUUUAAAAACAAAUAGUUGAAAAAUAAAAUGGUGAUGAUGUUUGGUUGUUGUAGGUCCUUGAUGAAAAAUGACAGAAAGAUACGUGAAAUGGUUUUGCUUAACAGAUUUUCAAUCUUAUCUUAUUGUAAUACGCUUGAAAAUCUAUUAAUCAGUUUCCAGUAGGUUGUUGCUAGUUGACAAUCUAAUUUACCAGGGACCUGUAGAAUCGAACUAUAGUAUUUACCUAUCUUUAUUUUAAUACAAACCCAAAAUCAACAGUGAUUUCUAAGCAAUAAACAAAAUUGACCAACAAAACGAAUUAAACUAUCCUAAUAUAACCAUUUAUACUAAAGAACGUCAACUAAACUAAACUAAACGUUUUACAUACAUUGAUAAAAAAAAAAUACAUUUCAAAUAUUUCGAAAAUUUGAACGUAAUUAUUAUUAUUAUUUAUAAAUGAAUUAGUUUAGACACAGCGAUCUUAGAAUCGGAAUCGGAAAAUUUUCUAAUUAAAGAUUUCGGAAUUAAGGUCUUAUAGUAUUUAAUGGUAAUUUAUAGAACAUUUUGUAAUAUUUUGUAACCAUUCCAAACCCUUUACGGUAAUGUAAAAUAGGCAUCAAUUGUCCUUUAAAAUAAGUAAUAUCCGUCUUGUAAUUAGCGUUAAGAUGCAUAAUCGUGGGACGUUAUUAUUGUUUUAUAUUUAUUUUGUUUCGUGGGGUGUCCUAUACAAUGGUUAAGGCCUUUUCAUACGCUGCGGUUGCUGGUUUUGCGUACACGUACGUUAGAAAUUACGUAUACGUGUAGAAACCAACGUACGUGGAUACGCACUUCACUGCAAGGUAUGUGGCACCGGUUUCCCGGAUUCAGGAGCGUGUGAAAAGGUUUUUGAAGGUCUUAAUGACAUGACAGAAGGGGUUUAGAGGAGAUUGUACCCAAUUAAAGACCCCUUUCAGAGUCCUAUAUGACUAUGACUAUGACAAAAUCUCUAUCAUGACACAAGGCAGUUGGAUGACGAAAGUUAAUCAAUGAUUUGUAGAUAUUUUAAUAAUUUCGUUGCAUCCUUCAAAGGGAGCUAUUUAUAUCCUACCCCGCAAAUAACUACAAAGUAAUUUAUACAAUUAUAGACUCUAUAGCUAUACGAUUAACGACGGUAAUACCGUAUCAAUUAACCACGUAAAUUGUGAACGAUAGCAGCUUUAAAAUGAUUUCGUUUCGGUUCGUUUCCCUCCGUUUAUGAUUUUAAUUCGUUAGUGUAAUUAUUUAUUUUAUAUUAUAUUAUUACAUAGUAAGGUCGUUAGGUAAAAGAUAUUUAAAUAAGGGUUUUGUGAGAAAGUUAAAUGAUUUUCUUUUUGGGGAUAUGAUUUAUGCACAAUAAUGCAUUUUGAUACGUCCGCGGCAGGAUAAACGUUGACUGAGUAACCUGGUACAAAACUGACCUCAUCCAGUGCAUUAUAUUGAUUUAAGUACCUACCCACGUAUGUAAGUUUUUGUAUAAUAUUUUUUAUUAUAAAAAUGUAAGCAAAUGUACAAGAAAUGUUUUUCAUUACAAUAAGCUUGCCACGGCGUCGUCGCUUCUAUGAAGCGCACAUUUUAUUAUAAUUUCUCGCAUAAAAAGCUUACUUCGUUUGUGUUCUACGUGUAGAUGUAAGUAUUGUUUACGCAUCAUUUUAUACAUUUAUUUAUCGUGUCUUUAGAUGGGAAAUAUUAGUAAAUUGUAGGCAUUACUAGACAUAUUGUUUAUAUUAUAUAUCUAUUAAAAUUAAUGUCUAUAUUAAAUUUUAUAGGAAAUCAUCCUUGUCUAAGCUUUGUAUAGUUGUAUGGAUUUUAUUUUUUAUGGGGCUGUCUUACGUUAUUUGUACUUCCAUUUACACAGUAAAAGAUCUCUAGAAGUUUCCAAAUUUUAUUUUUAAGACGUAUAGUUUCACCAUGAUGUCAGGCGUCUUAGCGCUGUUGUUUACUGGCGGUGUGACGUCACGCGCGCAUCAGUGCAGCCCUCUACAAUGACGUCACUCUACAUGUUCUAAACAAUUGAUGCGUUUGUGACGUCACAAGCCAGUACGCCACAGACCUUAGUGUUUAACCACAGGUAAAAUAUAUUAACAUCUAUGGUCAACCAUAGGUUAUAGUUGUUGGAACAGUAAUACUCGAUUUAUUUAUAUUUUAUUUAAAAAUUUUAUAUUGAGAAGAAAUAAUUAAUAUUUAACGAGAUCGUCUGCGUUUGUCGUUGCGACAGUUUAGUAGUUAAUAUAAUGAUAGUUUGUCUUAUGUCACGUUGUAUGUAGUUUAAUAGAGCAUUAUUCUCUUACAUAAAGAUACCUUAUCAUUAAACAAAUUAUAUUAUCAAAGAGAAUUAAACGAAUGAUUUUUUUUAUUUAA